AGCUUUUAAAUUAUCGCAGAGUUUUUUUUUGUGUGCACGAAUCAGUUUUGAUGUGUCCAAAACGAACCAGGAAGAACUUGUACAAGACCGCCAAACGCCACCAAGCAGACACAGGCAAAGAGCUGGUCUUCCCCUCAUACCUGCUGCUUGUGCCCCAGCGGAGGAGUAUGAAUGUUUCUUCAGGACAGGACUCAGUGGACUGGUCAGGAUGUUCAGCAGAGCACAGAACAAGGGUGACAUCCCCUCUUCAGCCUGCAAGAGGUUCACUCAACCCAGCUAAACCAUGUGUCCAGGGCUGUUCUGUUGUCAGUGCAAGCUCAUGCUAGUGAUGGACUACAGCCGGACGGACGCUAACCUUAGCUGGCGUUCACAAAACAGCAUUCCUCCUUACUGAGACCAGCUCCACAGAAUGCUGAGUCCUAUUGUCCCCUAUAGCCUGUUAAAGAUGCACUGGAACCCAGAGCAUGCCCAGCCUCUCAGCCAGUGGCCUGAGCAGCACCUGGAAGUCUCCUCCACCACCUCCUCUCCGGCCCACAAGUCGGAAUUCUACUCUGGCCGCGGUCGCAGUGGCUACAACUACGCCUGGGCCAAUGACGAUAUCUCUGCUCUCACAGCCUCCAACCUAUUGAAGCGUUAUGCUGAGAAAUACUCUGGUGUGCUGGACUCACCAUAUGAUCGGCCGCCUACUGUGGGCACCUACCCAGAGCCAGGGGCCUUUGGGGCCCUCACCGUCCCCAAGACUGAGCUGGAGCCCUGGCCACUGACACACAGCACUGAUGCCUCCUAUUCCCUGGUGCCCCCUGGAGGCCAUGAUGGUUCCAAGGCUGUAGCCACAUCUGCAGGCCCUCCAGGGGUUAGUAGUGUUUCAGUGGUGAACAGUAACCUCUCAGACUCGGGCUACAGCGGCAGCAGCUCCUGCAGCGGCUCCAGCGAGUACCCCUCUAGUUACAAUGGCACCUAUCUUUCCUCAGGGUACUGUCCCCAACCCAGUGCAGCACUUCCCCCUGCCUCCCUCCACACCCUCCAAUCCACCCCCACCCUAGUGCCCAGCUACAGCCCUACCACACCUGUCUAUAACUACCCUCCUAGCACGUAUCCUCCCCAGACCAGCCUUGCCCCCACCUACAGCCACCCCUCUGCAACUUACCUGCCCUCAGGUCUACCAGCCCCUACUCCCAUUCCCUCAAGGCCCACAGUGGUAGGAGGCAGCUAUAGUUACCAGAGCACCAACCUUGGGACAUCUGAGUCUGGAGGGACAUUAAAAAGAAAAGCAUUUGAGAUGAGUGUAGAAGAGGAUGAGAGUGGGGACGGUUCUCGGUACAGGAAAUACAGCUAUGACCCGUUGAAGACCGGGGGACACUCACCUUACAGUGUGAGUGACAAAACAGAGUGCAGAGGAAAUGGCUUCAGUAGUUCAGGCAGCACAGACCCUCAAACCUUCAAGCCCAGUAAGCCCUCCUCUCAGCCCCUGGUGUCUCCCCAGUAUGGAGCAGCAGGGGAGUACAGCCCUCCAGCGGGCAUGACGGGGGAGAAUGGAGUCACAGAGCAGGGCUUCAUCCAACAGCAGCCACACCGAUCCCAGGCCCACAAACGCCCUCCAUUGUGUGCUCCAACUGUUGAGACUAUGAAGAGCCCAGACCCCCGACUGUUGGACCUUGUGAAUGGGGAGUUACUGGACUGCAGCCCGGCACUGGGCUGGGGUGAGUUGGCCGGGCUCACCCAUGUAAAGGCUGCCCUGGAGGAGGACCUGUUGUGGCCCGUGUUGAGGCCCAGCGCAGUGAUGCGGCCACCACGAACUGUCCUGUUGUUCGGCCCCCGGGGAGGGGGAAAGACAACGUUGACUCGGUCUUUGGCUUCACAGUUGGGGGCUUCAUUCUACCGGUUAAGUGGAGCCAUGCUGGCCUCUAAAGGGAAGGCUGAGGCAGAGCACAUUCUGGGGUCUCUUUUGCAGGUGGCAGAAGCACGGCAGCCCUCAGUGGUGUUGCUCAGCCAGGUGGAGGCCAUGGAAGAAGAGGGGCUGAGGCAGACACUGCUGAGCACCCUGGAGAAAGCCCAGGUGGGGACCACAGGUCUGGUGAUUCUUGUAUGUGCCACUGGAAGGCCAGAUCUGCUGCAAGAUGCAGUUCAUCGAAGCUUUGCCAAGAGAUAUCACGUUGGCCUGCCAGAUGUGGGGAUGCGCAGGCAGGUGCUGCUGCAGGCGCUGUCGCCCCAGGGCUGCAGUCUGAGCGAGAGGGAGCUGAGCACCGUGCUGCAGCGCACAGAGGGCUUCACAGUGUGGGAGCUGCUGCAGCUCAGCCAGCAGGCACUCUCCUCAGCAUCCUCCCCCACUGGGGCCAUGCAUGGCCACCCCACAUCCUCCAAACCCCCAGCCUUUACAGACUUUGAGAAUGCCUUCUGCAAGGUGCGCCCACACACCACCACAAAAGAACUGGACACUUGUAUAGAGUGGAGCAAGAUGUAUAACCACUGAGAAAGCAGCCAGUCGGCGAACUCGGACUGCGUCACGACCCUGUCUUUGCUUUGACAUGGAACGCCUUGGGAAUGUUUUGUUGUUUUGUAAUUACAGAUUAUGCAGCCAAAAGAGCCAGAGAAGCUCAACGAUGCGGGAGAGCUGACAAAGUUGUUUUCCUGGCAGAAGCAUGCCAUGGUGUGCUGUUUUUGUUUUCGUAUGAAUAUCCGCAAUAUUUUAUUUUUCCCAAAGAAAAGAAAGAUGAAUAGGCCUUGUUGAGUGGGGUAGUGUAUUAGUCUUUUGGCCAAUGGGAAAAUCAGAUUAUAUACUAUUUGGAUACUCUCAGAGAUCCUGAUUAGCCUUGGUCCGGGACAAAAUCAAUUAUUUGUUGCUAGGUGACGUGGUCCAAGAUUAUGGAUAAUCAGGGUUUGGAAAAUCCCCCCUUUUACUGCUACUCUCAGGAUCCUAUUUAUUGCCAGUCCACGACCGUGUUGUCCUAAUGUUGAUUUAGUCAUUGGAUUGUUGCUAAUUAUUCAGUACGAAGGGCUCGGGAUCAUUUCAGCAAAAAACAGUUUUUGACCAAAAAGACGUCAAACCAAAUCAGCAGUGUUGCUAUAUUUCUCAAAACAGACUGGUCCUGAAAAUCACCAUAAAUUAACCCCUCUUGACAGCUUCUCACCAAAUCAAAACAGUUAGUCCUUAAUAUUCUGACAAAUAAAAUCAAAUCAGAUGACUUGUAUUAAAUCCGAACAUGCUGCUGUCUUUCCCAGGAGUUAAGUUGUUUCAGUAAAACCUUGCACUUACACUCAAAAUGUCUGGUUGUAGAUAUAUUUCACAAGUAUCUACAUUUAACUCACCAACAGUUAUACAUUUAAAAUGGUACAAUUCACAGACAACUUACUUUUCACUGUUAGGUUGUUGUCCUUGACUUCCGCAUACAUUUGUUCUCGAUCUCACAUUCCUCAUUGUCUGCAGUUUUCCUGAGAAUCUCACUCACAGAACAAAACGUACCCACUCGCGCGCGCGCACACACACACACAGCUUCUCCUACAGCGUGUCUGUUUGCGCUUUCACUUUCUCCUUUUGUUUUCUUAGUAUGUAGUCUUGUUUGAAAUGCUCAGGAAGAAUUUCUUUACCUCAGAAAUAUGAAAUACGAAAAAGAAUGUAUGUAAUCUUAGGGUCUUAGAAGAGGAGUGGCGCGGAGUGAGAGAACGGAGCGAGGAGAAACCUGACAGUCUUGUAACACCCGCUACAGCUGGGCUUUUACCUCGGGAGAGAAACUUGAAUAUGCUACAAAGAGUAACAUUGAAUGUAAUUCAGGUAUUUCAAAGGAUAUUUGAUGCCAUAAAUCCAUGUAUUAUUAUAUAUGAAUAUAUAAAUACGUUUUCUUUUCUGUUCUUUACCCUUUAUUUUUAUUGUAGUUUAUGGUGAAGUGAUGAUUGUCUUCAAGAAAUGCUAUGUAGAAUACAGAAAAUAUUCCUUUUUUUGUUGGACAAACUGCAAAUCCCCGUCUUAUUUCGUGUUUACCUGUAUAUGCAUGUCUUCUGUUUAUAGUUUCACAGCAAAAUAUUAUUUGAAAAUGUAAAUACAACGCACACAAUCAUACAGUGAACAUCUGAGCACAAAAUACCUUCCAAAAAACACAACAAAUACAAACACAGAUGCAAAAAAAAAAUGAAAUAAAGCUUAAAGAUGAA